AUGAUGAACAUGAUACGUAAUCCAAAUCUCAACUCUUCGUGGCUCUUCCGAGCCGACAUCCUGUACGACGACGGCGGCCAGCAAGAGGCUCAAGGUUCGAUCGAGACCCGCGAUCACUGCGCCUCUGACCAGCCCAUCGGGCGAGAUAUUCUACACCUCGAAAGAACCCAUACCUUGGUGCGCAAGCUCGUGCCGAGAAGCGAGAAAAGAGACAGGCCGUUGAACCAAACCUGCAGUUUCUACUCGGGUCACGAAUCGGAAACGUCGUCGACAUCCCUGGUGCUUUACCUUGCUCACGUCCGAGCAAAGAAAGAUCUUCCGUUCUACCACCCCAAGGUCUCGGGAAUUGGUCAUCUGCACCAGUGGAAUCCAGAGACUGGACGCGGCACGAUAUCGAUUCACUUCCUGCGCGCCCAUGACGACGAGCGGGACGAGCUGGACAACCCCAAGCUCCGGCGCGUCGCCUAUCACCUGCUGGAAAUUCUGCACAAGCAUGGGCAAGGAUCCGCAUCGGGCUAUGUCAAAAGAGUGCACCACGAUAUGAUUAUUCCGCAGGCUCGGUUCCAAAACCGCUAUAGCUGCCUCAAGAGCAAGUACGCACGCCGCCUGAUGGACACUUGGGCAGAGGUCACGGAUCCCGGGAAACACGUGUUUGAGGAUCUGGGCAUCGCCGCCUUCUUAAUAGAGCUGUGGACGGACAUGUACAGAGACACUGCUUUUCCAGGAUUCGUCGAUAUCGGGUGCGGAAACGGUUUGCUGGUGCAUCUCCUUACCCAGGAGGGCUUUGACGGAUGGGGCUUCGACGCAAGGGCUCGUAAGUCGUGGGCGAACUAUACGACGUCGACGACCUCUUCGCCAUCGGGGAAGUCCCUCGUGGAGAGAUUACUGCUGCCCCGCAUCGUGGCGACGGCCGACGGCGACGACCCCGGGAACCGCGAAAUGCACACGGCGAGUAUUCAUGAUGGGGCUUUUGAGCCAGGCACCUUCAUCGUUUCAAAUCACGCUGAUGAACUGACGCCUUGGACCCCGAUCCUGGGAGCCCUAUCGAACUGCCCCUUCAUCAUGAUACCCUGCUGUAGUCACAAGUUGACCGGGGCGAAAUUCCGCGCCCCUCCGCCCAGGGACAAGUCCAAACCUAAAUCCACCUAUGCUUCGCUGGUCGACUGGGUGUCUCAGAUUGCCGAGGACUGCGGAUGGGAGCCGGAAACAGAAAUGCUGCGCAUCCCGAGCACAAGAAACACGGGGAUUCUUUGCCGAAAUCGCAGCAGAUCCAUCGUAGACGUAGACAUGCAGGCUGUCGUAAACAAGUACGGAGGCGUUCAAGGAUACUACGCGAGUGUAGCCAAGCUGGUCAAGGCGGACCCGCGGCCACACUAG